AAUAUGAAGAGCUGGAUGAUUCAGAAGAAGAUCAUGAUCUCGGGUUUGAAGACAACAAAGAGAAAGACCCCGACAUCAGCUUGGCCCUCACUGAAGUGAAGAAAAAAAAAGUGCAGCCAGCAAAGAAAGAUAUGGUGCCCCCAUCACCAUCUGUUUAUGCACCAAAUUCUGAACAGCCUGUGAAAAGAGGACGAGGGCGACCAAGGCGCUACCCACCACCAGGACAGAUGCAGACAUCAAUACCUGCCAUCAUGAUUCCAUCUGCCAAUGGACAGACCCUUGUUAUGACUCAGGGCUUACAGAAUCUUCAGAAUUUUCAUCGGCAGUUUCCAAAUAUAAUUCCCAAGCCCUCGGUUGAUUCUGGUACAGUGACCAUCAGCGUUACAACUGCUGACACCAAUAAUUUGUCCCUUGGCAGUGAUACUGAUUCACUUCCUUUAGAUGCCUCAGCAGUUUUAGACAGCAACAACAUCAUCCCACCAGCCCUCCAGGGGGACACAAUUCCCAUAGUGGGAGACAACCCUGACUUAUCAGAUCAGGGGGACACCUUGGAUCAAAAUUCAAGUCUUUUGAGCUUUAUGACUCCGACAACCUCGGCCUCUGAUAAAUCCAAGGAUAUUCAAUCACCAGAGGAAUUAGAGAACCUCAUUCAGCCCACCGUAAUACACAUCCCUGACAAUAUUCUGUCUUCAUUAGGCUUCAGGAAAGAUCCCGUCAAAAUAGGCCUGAAAGCUUCGGAUCGGGAGCUAGAGAAAAUGAAGUGCCCAAAGUGUGACUUCCAAGGCUAUUAUGUGCAGCAGUAUCGCAACCACAUUGCGACCCAUGGUGACGAUAUUCAGAAGUGUAAAUGUUGCAGUUAUCUCUCUUUGGACGGUGAUGAAUUAUUGGAACAUUUUAAGGAAUACCAUCCCCGAUGUUUUUGCUCAGAAUGCGGCUAUAUGGCAGAGCAUGCUUAUAUAAUUAAGCGCCACAUGAUGCGGCAUGACACCAAGAGUUGUACCUGUGAUUUGUGUGGGAAAGUUUAUAAGGACAUGUAUAUCCUCAAGAUGCAUGUCAAGAUGGUGCAUAUGCCUGCUGAAGUGUUGUUUGAGUGCAACGUCUGCUCCAAGAAGUUCACACGCAAGGCUCACUUGAAGCGGCACUUACGGAUACAUGAGCCGGAGAAACCUUACAAGUGUCCCAUUUGUGAUUACAGAGGCUGUGAGAAGUCUGAUAUAUCCAAGCACAUGUUGAUACACGAAGAGCCAAAACACACGUGUGAGCGCUGUGGCAAGACAUUCAGGCAUAUCAAAAAUAAGGAACUGCAUGUCAAAAGACAUUAUGGGCAGCGAAAUUACAAGUGUGGUGUGUGUGAUUUCUUAGGCUAUACGUACACGGACAUACGCAAACAUAUAGAACGAAAACAUCAAGAUAUUAAAACUGUAAUCUGUGAUAAGUGCAACAAGCAACUCAAAAGUGAAGUGGCUAUGAAGGAACACCAGCAGACGUGUAAUGUGAUGAUGAUAGAACAAGGUCUGGCCAUCCUAACCUCAUCUGGUGGCACCAGUCAAGCCACAAUCCAGAUCCCCACUAACCUGGGGCCAGAUGGCCACAUCAUCCUGGAUGGGCAGGCCAUCACAUAUGGAGGGUCAAACCAUCUCAAGCCACAGAUGAGUUUAGCAGAAGGCACAACUGAAGAAGAGGAGGAAGAUCUUGACGAUGAAGAUGGGGGUAUAAACCAAACCAUGCAGAUCAUAGGAGAGACAAUCUUGACUGAAUCAGGGGAACAAAUGCAUAUUAUUUCUAGUGAGAUGUUGGGUGAGUCGAGACAGGUUGUCUCCCAUGUUUUCCAGCAAGACGCCCAUGGAAAGUCAGACAGUGGAUCUUGA